CAUUCCCUAUAUCCAGUCUCCCCGGACCCCACAUUCCCUAUAUCCAGUCUCCCCGGACCCCACAUUCCCUAUAUCCAGUCUCCCCGGACCCCACAUUCCCUAUAUCCAGUCUCCCCGGACCCCACAUUCCCUAUAUCCAGUCUCCCCGGACCCCACAUUCCCUAUAUCCAGUCUCCCCGGACCCCACAUUCCCUAUAUCCAGUCUCCCCGGACCCCACAUUCCCUAUAUCCAGUCUCCCCGGACCCCACAUUCCCUAUAUCCAGUCUCCCCGGACCCCACAUUCCCUAUAUCCAGUCUCCCCGGACCCCACAUUCCCUAUAUCCAGUCUCCCCGGACCCCACAUUCCCUAUAUCCAUCUCCCCGCACCCCGCAUUCACUAUAUCCGCUCUCCCCGGGCCCUGCAUUCACUAUAUCCGCUCUCCCCGGACCCCGAAUUCACUAUAUCCGAUCUC